GUUCAAUAAUAUCUUCCUUUUCUAAACGAACCUUAAAAUGGGUUUUACAAGAUUCGUUGAAACUGGACGCAUCGCCCGAAUUUCUCGUGGCAGAUAUAAGGGCAAGCUUGUUGCUAUUGUCGAUGUGAUCGAUCAAAACAGAGUUCUCAUCGAUGGACCAUUAACUCGUGUACCCCGUCAACAAUAUCCAGUCAGUCACUUGCAUCUGACAAAGUUUGUUGUCAAAUUUCCAUUCACAGCACCAACACGUAUCGUCAAGAAAGCACUUGAAGAUUACAAAUUUAAGGAAAAGUGGAGCCAAACACUCUGGGCAGAACGUGCAAAGGCAAAGAGAUUGCGUUCAAAUCUUACAGACUUCGAACGUUUCAAGAUCCGAAAUGUUAAGAGAUCAAAGAAUCGUAUGAUUGCACCAGUCUUUGACAAGCUUAAGAAACAAGCAUCAAAGAGUGGUAUGCUCUUUGGAAAGCCUGUGAAAGGAACUAAACCAUUGCCAGCAAAGAAACCUAAAGUAGAGGGUGCAGUAAAGAAGAAGGCACCAAAAAAGAAGGUCGCAACUAAAAAGCCAGCAAAGAAGUAAAGAUAAUCUGUUUCAAGAAUUAAAGUGACAUUUUUAAUCCAUCAAAAUCGGUCAUUGAAUGUGUAAUUGUGAACAUCCAAUUGAAUUUAAGUAAAUAAAAUCACAAUUUGUUUAUUCCUUAAAAGAAUAAAAAUUUCAUGCUACCAACUCAUUCAUUAUUUAUAA